CGAUCUUGAAGUGCGUGAACCACGUUAUUCGUUCAUUGUCUGUGCUUGACAGGGAUCGGAGGUAUUACUUGCGAGAAAACAUGCUUAAGAUUGUUCGGCUGUUCGUCGCUGUUGUGCUGGUCAAGGUUGCCCUCGCAGCUUCGACUCCUGCCCAGUAUGGCAACGAAGCGAAUGCAGCACUCCAAUUCAUGACCGAGCUUGCAGAAUCUCGAGUGAUAGGAGGCACCGUUGCCGUGCAAAAGGCUGGUCAGCUUGUCUGGACAAAUGGAUUUGGCUACGCAAGCGAGGAGCUUGGAGUGCCCCUACAAGACAACCACAUCUUCCCCAUCGGCUCCAACACGAAGUUCUUCACUGCAGUAGCCAUUUACCAGCUACAAGAGAAGGGGCUCCUUAAUGUCUCUGAUGCGGUGAACGGGUACAUAGAUCCUGCAGAUUUUGGACUGGAUGGAGCUUGGUGCCCCAAGGUCCAUGGCCAGGAGCAGCUGGGAUGCCAGGAGCCCACCUUCAAGCAGCUGCUCCAGAUGACCUCUGGGCUGCUUCCCUCUGACAACUUGGGCUGUGGCACUCCCAACACCUCAUGGACGCCUUCCGACUGGUUCUGGCCUUACAGGCUCUUUGCUGUGAACUCAACAUACGGGGAUGCCAGCGGUGACACCGGCAACUGGCUGACUGGCAAUGCCAGUGCAGCUGACCUUUUGAGGUUUCAGGGGUCCAUGACACACCCAAUGCUUCAUGCUCCUGGGGCCCAGUACUGCUAUGUCAACACCAAUUUCAACAUUGCUGCCUACGUUGUUGAGAGGCUGACAAACAUGACAUUCACCAACUACCUGACCGAGUUCAUCUUGAAGCCAACAAACCUCAGCAACACCUACUACUGGAUCGGAGGCCAGGGCAUGGAGCCACAGGGCAUCCGCAAGAAUGUGGUGUCCAUUCCUGGGUACACCACCACCUUUGGGCUUCAGGGUGCUUCAGGUGCACCGGCCUUCAAUUUUGCAAGCAGGGUCUCUUGGCUUGAAAUGGACCUCUCAGCAUUUGCCGGGGGUGCAGGAGCCAUGUUCAGCGAUAUGUAUGAUCUUCUGAAGUGGUACAACACGUUUCUGACCCAGCCAGAGCUUGUGGGCCUGACCAAGCAGUCCCUGGCCGCCCUGACAGAGCCGCUGGAGCCAGUGAACGUCCCUGGCCUACUGGUAAAAGCCUCAUUCGCUCAGGGCAUUGUUGUGGAGCCUGCCCCAGGAAAGGGAAAGAAGCUGCUGUACACUGGAGGCAUCUGGGGAUUCCUAACUCACAUCGAGUACUGGCUGAACGAGGCUGAUCCCAGCAAGUCAGACGCGGUGCUCUUUUUCAGCAACAGCAACCCCAUAAUCCCCUCGGGCGCCAAUGGCACGUGCUCCGUGCGCUCUACCCAGAAUGGCAGCCCCAUCAGCCUGGAGCCCAGUGCAUGCAAGGCGACCGGAGCAGACAUGACUAACUAUGUGACUGAGCGCCUCGCGCAGAUGUUCAACAUCACUGGCCAGUACAGAAGCUCCUGA